CCGUUUUGGAGCAUCACAGAUGGAUAAAUGCAUGAAGAUCUGAUCCAUUCCAAACGUGACCAUGUGGAUUAAACAGUUUUUUGGUAUCAGAUCAGGCCCUCCGAUAGGAAGCCAUGCUUGGAUUUUGAUAGCCAUUUUUCAACUAGCUAUGGAUUUCAUUAUUUGUGAAUCAGGUUCACCAAGUACUGCUUACAAAUAUCUACAAAGACCAUCACUAGAGCAUAGGGUACAUCACAUGGCAUUAUGGAACCCAAAGGGGAGGCAGAAGGUAAGAAGUUGGAAACAUUUUUGGAGUCCGUUUACAAAUUUUGGACAACAGCGUGGUUUUCAGGCAGAGUCGCAACAUUUAAAUUUAUAUCUUAAAGACCGUGUGGACCACAGUUUUUCUAGAAAUAUGCCAUUACAGUACUCUACAAGUGCAAAAACAGUUCACUCCACACGGGGAGUAAGAGACACACUUAAAAUUACCCAUUUGAAAAGGGGUAAAAGACAGCUCCAAAGAAGAAGUUGGAAUAAUAUAAGACAAUUUUUGGACAGUGAAAGUCAGCCAACCACAGUCUCUGAAUUUAUUUUAUGGGGUCCAACGGGGGAUGAUGAAAUUCUAGAGUCCACCACAUUCCCUGGGAUUUAUAAAACCACGAAAACCUCUACUACGCAAGGCAGGACGACGUUAGUGGGAACUACUGCAUCCACCAUAACUUCCACCACAACACAGUCUAAAGACUUGACACAAAACCCAGGUGUUCAUAGAGGUAAAAAAACACCUGGUAGGAUAAGCACAACAGAACCUUAUCCAGGAAAUGGAAAAGCUGCAAGACCACCGAGGAUACCCAAUGAAACCUCAGGUCUAGCAGUGCACCAGAUAAUUACCAUCACUGUCUCCCUAAUCAUGGUCAUUGCUGCAUUGAUAACAACUCUCGUCUUGAAAAAUUGUUGUGCACAAAGAGGAAAUGCCAGGAGGAACAGCCACCAGCGAAAAAUAAAUCAGCAAGAAGAAAGUUGCCAAAACUUGACGGACUUUACCCCAGCCCGUGUCCCCAGUAACAUGGAUAUAUUUACUGCGUACAACGAAACACUGCAAUGUUCCCACGAGUGUGUAAGGACCCCUGUACCUAUCUAUACGGAUGAGGCAUUACACCAAACGGGAGCUUAUAAGACAACAUUCAAUGGCAAUAGACCUACUUCUUCUGAUCGGCAUCUAAUUCCAGUGGCCUUUGUGUCUGAGAAAUGGUUUGAAAUCUCCUGCUGACUGGCUGAAGUCUGUUUUUCUUCCUGGGGCAGGGCAGAUGCCAUGUUUCUAUUUACUGGAUUCCAUUAGUGAACCUGUAAAAAAUCUAACAGGUGUCUACUAUUUUGUUUACCAUUGGGACUGAGAGAGCAGAACUCUACUGGACAAAUAUAUUUUUAUAAAAAAAAAUGUAAAACAUACAGACGCUGUAAUUUUUUUCCUUCAAAGAAUAAGUUUUGCUUUUGUUUGUUUUUGGAUAAAAGACAAAUGAAAAAAAAUAUAUUUAAAUUUCAAUGACUAGAAGAAAUUCUUAAACAAAGGACUGACCAUAUGAAUUUUUGGAUUUGGACUGUGAUUUUUGAACCUGUGCCAAUAAUACCAAUAUGUGCCAUGAGAUGAAGUGGAAGACUUCCAUUGAAACUGAAGCUAAGUGAUUUCUUUGAAUAACAGCAGAAAUAAGGAAUUGGUGACCUGUUUAUAGGGAAUAAAAUAUUGUAUAGAGACAGAAAAUCUACGCAUAAAUAUUUUUUGUGACGUAGCAUUAUAACUGUUAUUGUUUUGUUUGAUAAAGUUAUUUUAUUACACUCAGAAAUUUAUGUUUCAUUUUAGAGAAAAUUUGUCAUUGCUAUUGCUUUAAAAAAAAAGUCAAUAUUCAACUGAUACCCAUGGGGAUGUAAGUUUUUUUUAAGGGUUCAGUAUUUGGGAUUGUUUUUAAAUAAAGUGUUGGAUUGCCUUUUAACAUUGUAAUAUUGAAAAACUAUAUGCAACAAUGCUUUAUAUUAUUUUUAUUUAUUACUAUUUUUUCAAAAUUCAUUUGUGACCCACUCCCAUUUCCUUCUAGAUAUUUUAUGAUCCUGAAAAUGAACAUGUAAAGUUGAUGUCACUGAACAAAAAAAAAAAUUAGACAAGUGUUCCCUAGCCAUGGAGCCAUGUAGGAAAUCAAAUCCAAGAUUGGGCAACUGAAUAAUUAAAGGAGAUCUAGCUUUUAUGUAUUAUUCAUAUUAAAUAAUAGCAGGGCAGGAAGAUAACUCAUUAACCUAAUCAAAAAGAACCUGGCAUAUGUAACCUACGGGGGUGCCCAAGAUUUGGGGAUUUUUAGACAUUAUAUACUGUGAGUUUAUAUUGUAAAAUAGAAAUCAGCUAGGGCACCUUUGUCUUAAUCAUUUAAUUAUGUGUACAUUUAAAACGACUUUAAUAAAGCACAGUUAUGAAUGCUAUAUCAUACAUAUCCCAUACAGUUUUAGUUUGCUCAGUUAAAAUGUUUUCCUUUUAAAUUUCACUGACAUUAAACUGACUUAAAGUAUUGAAUUAAUAUUUGGAGUACAGUAUUUUACUUUUAUUGUUGUUAUACAAUUUUUGUUUUGCUUUGCUCCCAGUUGCAAGUUGUUUGUGUAGUAAUUCUAUCUUAUACAUAAUAACAUAUUUCACAUUUUAUUUAACAUGUACAAUUUUCAAUUAUACUUAUAGUCAAAAAUAAAAAAAUAUUUCUUUUCUAUAGAUACUAUUCUUUUUUUGAUGUUGAUGUUAGAUGCAAAAGUAAGCAAAAAAAUGAAAGGGUCUUUAAAGAAGUAACCUGUUGAUUUGUCAUAUAAAUAUUAAUAUUCAUUUACAGGUUUUUUAUUUCUGAAGAGAAAUUUGAUCUUUCUCCCCCUGAAAGAAAAAAUCUGUGCAAAAAUGUACAACUUGAAAGUUUACUUGCUGUCUAUAAGUAUUUAGCAAAAUAUCCUGUCUGUUGAUUGAACAACACUGUUAUAUAAUAAAUAUAAGAGAAGAUAUUACAUAUUUGUUUAACUAUGCUUACAGUGAUAUAUUUAUUUUAUGUGUGA